CUUAAUUAGAAAGGUCUUAGCCUAUGUAUCUUAAAAAUCAAAAACUUUUUAUUCGAUCUUUUGCCAAACUUCAACUUUGACCGUCUCUUGAUAUAGUUAAAUCACCUUAAUAAUGCAGAUUUCAAUAGUGUUACUCCUUUCCUUUCUAAUAUUCCUGGCUACUACUAAAAAUCAUAAAGUUUUUAUAGUUAAAAGCAAUGCAUUUAAGUCUAAUAUACUUCAAGCUUCUUGGAAUAUCCGAUUUUCUAACCAAAGAAUUAUCAUUCCCAUUGUCAGCUGGCCUUACAGAUUUAAAGAUGUAGUCAGUUCAGAAGGGAGUCCACAAUCAUCCAAGCAGUCAAAGCGAUAAAGGGUUAUCUGUAUGUGAGCUAACGCGCUCUACUGGUACUCUUCCUGCAUUCUUGAGAACCAGAAUGACACCUCCAGCCUUGUAUAGGAGUGGUCUCUCUUGUUAGCUCAGACACAGGUAGUCCAUAAUAUGUCUAAUCCAGUUGAAGGCUAGGUUUGAAAGAAGUGGCUUUUAUGACUACGAAUAUAACGAGCCGACAAGACAUGCUGUCGGUGAAUCUGAUUUGAUGGAAGACACUAACUCAUUGUACCAAUUAAUGGAAAUGAACACUGGAGCAGCCUAUAUAACGAUACAGAGUAUAGUUAUUAAAUCUUCUCUAUUGUUCAUGCAUCCAGGAAUAUCCCUUUUUCGUGUCAUUCAGUAAAUUCCAGUAUGAUGUUUAUGAUUUUUAGACUCCAUUGUUCUAGCACUCACGGUAACGAAACGUCAGAUGACUUAGAAGUACGUCCGAAUUCUCGGUACGUCAGACGGAUAUGAGUCAGCAUAAUUGAAUUGUAACGAAUUCUAUGAUAUAUUCUUCUCAUUUGUGGUGGAAAUAGCGUUUAAACGUGAAACAUACGGUAUUUGUUGGAAGCAAACAAUCGAGGUUCUGAGGAAGCUUGUAAGGCAGCUACUACUAGUGAUGGCAAUUAGGAUGAUUGUACAAAUUGGACACCAUUCUAUCAGAAAUAUCCUAUAAGUUUGUAGCCUGAAAAUUAGCUAUAGGUAAGAGCGUAGAAAUAGG